GUUGCCGUGGGGGACGAAUUGCAUAAUUAGUCCUUGGUUCGUUCAGUACUUGAAAACUGAACUUGCAGAGUUGACAUUGAACUCGUACUCUUUAAAGUAAAACAAUGAGUUCUCUGUCUUUAAAUACGUUAAAACAGAUAAUGCGGGCUAUGGUGGAUAGCCCUGGCUUUGAUCGUGUCUUAAGUAAGGUGAAUAUUCUUUCUGCAAGUCCCGGUAAAGUAGUGUGCGAGAUGAAGGUCGAGGAAGAGCAUACAAACCGAGCUGGUACUCUGCACGGAGGGCUGACUGCCACAUUGGUCGAUAUCAUUUCCACAACUGCUUUAAUGUAUACGGAAAGAGGACUGCCUGGUGUGAGCGUGGACAUGAACAUCACGUACAUGAAUGCUGCUAAGGUGGGAGAAGAUGUCGUCAUUACUGCCCAAGUCUUGAAACAAGGAAGAACCUUGGCAUUUGCCACCGUAGAUCUCACUUCUAAAGCAACAGGCAAGCUUCUUGCACAAGGAAGACACACAAAGCACCUGGGUAGCUAAACCUAGCCCAGCUGAAGUAAUGGGGGAUCGUGUUACCACAGUCAAGAGAACCUGCAGUACUGUUCAAAUGUAUAUAGAGUUGUACCUGUUAUAAAUGAAUUCAAAUAUCUGUUUAACAGUAUUGAUUUUCACGUAUGUUUCCAAACAAAACAAAGAAACCAGAACUUUCACCUUUAUUUACACUAAUAAAAAGGUUUUGUGCCAA